UGAAAUCUUGAGCAUGUCAGAUUUCACGUCUCCCGACUUGGCUAUCCUGGGAUCGAUCACUCAACCAAGGACGACUGUCCUUGCUCAACAGGAAGUGCCUGGAUGUCGGCGAGAAGGCUAACAGUCCAAGAAGGAAUCAUGUGAAUGCGCGGUCAGGCAGCCCGCAGAACUGGGAGCCUGCCCUCGCUCUGGAGGCCGUCUCAACGGGUCACUUCCCAGAAGGCAAACAGUUAAAAGCAAAUUCUAGAGAGUUAUGUGAGCCGUUUGCCUCUCGCUGCGGAGAUCCUGGCUAAAGGCUGCUGCUAGAGCUUCUACUGCAAACGGCCCCAAAAGCAAAAUGAGUGAAAGAAAGAUAAGUGUGUGUCAGCAAGCUUGGGCCUUAUUGUACAAGAAUUGCCUUAAAAAAUGGAGGAUGAAGAGGGAUUCCUUAAUGGAAUUUUUGAAUGCAUUCAUUCUGCUGCUUUCUUUGUACCUGCUUCCUAAUAUUCAUCACGUUAAUGAUUUCUCUUCACUGCCCAUUGUGGACCUGGGACGGGUAGAUUCAUUUGAAGUGUCUAACUUUAUUGUUGCAUACACACCCAUCACCGGCAGAACGCAACAGAUCAUGAGUAAACUGGCCAUAGCCCCCUUCAUGAAAGAUGGAAAAAUCCUGGGGGUGUCAGAUGAAGAACAGAUGGAAGAAUUAUCUGAGAAUUAUUCUGAUGAAAUCAUAAAAGUCAUCUUCACUAAUACCUUCUCCUAUCAUUUGAAGUUCUUGUUGGGACACAGAAUCCCUACUAGGAAGGAACACAGGGACCACACAGCUCAUUGUUAUGAAAUGAAUGAAGAUAUUGAGUGUGGACUUGCAGAAUUCUGGAGUAAAGGUUUUGUGGCUUUUCAAGCUGCCAUUAAUGCUGCUAUUAUAGAAACCACAACAAAUCAUUCAGUGAUGGAUGAAUUGAUGUCAGCUACUGGAAAAAUUAUGAAGAUACAUUCAUUUAUCAGUCAAGGUGGACUCCUGACAGAUUUUAUCAUUUUCUUUUGCAUUAUUUCCUUUUCUCCAUUCACUUACUAUGCCUCUCUGAAUGUUACGAGAGAGAGGAAAAAGAUGAAGGGCUUGAUGAAAUUGAUGGGCCUUCGAGAUUCUGCUUUCUGGUUAUCAUGGGGCUCGCUCUAUGCCGUGCUUAUCUUCAUUAUGGCCCUUUUCAUGGCACUGAUUAUUAAAUCUUCUCAAUUUGUCAUCCUGACGGGCUUCGUGGUGGUCUUCAACAUCUUUCUACUCUAUGGAUUGUCUUUGAUAGCCUUGGUUUUCUUAAUGAGCGUCUUGGUAAAGAAGCCUUUCCUCACCGGCCUGGUGGUGUUCCUGCUGACUGUCCUUUGGGGGAGUCUGGGGUUCACAGCGCUCUACAGACACCUGCCUGCAUCCUUGGAGUGGACGCUCAGUAUUUUUAGCCCCUUUGCCUUCACGCUUGGAAUGGCCCAGCUUCUACACACGGACUAUGAUUUGCAUUCUAAUGCACUUCCUGAUUCAGCAGACGGCUCAAAUCUAAUAAUAGCCACCCAAUUCAUGUUAGUGCUGGACAUUUUUCUCUACCUGGCAUUGAUGGUUUACUUUGAAAAGGUCUUACCAAAUGAAUAUGGACAUCAACGCUCACCCUUGUUUUUCCUGAAGCCCUCGUUUUGGUCACGGCAGCAAAAGGAUGCUCAUGUGCCUUUUGAAGAUGAACUAGAUUUCCACCCCUCAUCUAACAACUCCUUUGAACCAGUGUGUAUGGAAUUCCAAGGCAAAGAAGCCAUCAGAAUCAGAAACGUUACAAAAGAAUAUAAAGGAAAGCCUAACAACAUAGAAGCUCUGAAAGAUCUAACAUUUGACAUAUAUGAAGGACAGAUCACUGCAAUACUUGGCCACAGUGGAGCUGGGAAGUCAACACUGUUGAACAUUUUGAGUGGGCUGUCUGUUCCCACCAAAGGUUCAGUCACCAUCUAUAAUACUAAGCUCUCAGGAUCAACGGACUUUGAAAAUACCAACAAACUCACUGGAAUUUGCCCACAAUCCAAUGUUCAAUUUGACUUCCUCACCGUGAAAGAAAACCUCAGGCUGUUUGCUAAAAUAAAAGGGAUUCAACCACAAGAAGUGGAGAAAGAGGUAAAAAGAGUUUUGAUGGAAUUGGAGAUGAAAAAUAUUCAAGAUCUUCUUGUUCAAAACUUAAGUGGUGGACAGAAAAGAAAACUCACCUUUGGGAUUGCCAUUUUAGGAGAUCCUCAGAUUUUCCUGUUAGAUGAACCAACUGCAGGAUUAGAUCCCUUUUCAAGACACCGAGUGUGGAACCUCCUGAAGGAGCGUAAGAAAGACAGGGUCAUCCUCUUCAGUACUCAGUUCAUGGAUGAGGCUGAUAUCCUGGCAGAUAGGAAAGUGUUUCUCUCCAAAGGGAAGCUGAAGUGUGCGGGCUCUUCUCUGUUUCUGAAGAAGAAAUGGGGGAUUGGGUAUCACUUAAGUUUGCAGGUGAAUGAAAUGUGUGUUCGGGAAAAAGUAACAGCCUUCAUCAAACAGCACAUCCCUGAUGCCAAAUUAUCAGCAGAAAGUGGAGGGAAACUUACCUACACACUUCCAUUAGAGAGGACAAAUAAAUUCCCAGAACUUUAUAGGGCGCUUGACAGCUCCCCUGACCUGGGAAUUGAGGAUUAUGGUGUUUCCAUGACAACUUUGAAUGAAGUGUUUCUGAAACUGGAAGGAAAAUCAGCCAUUGAUGAAUCAGAUGUUGACCUUUCGGAAGAAGGGCAAGCAGAAGGAGGUGGAGACACAGAAAGGCUUAUUGCAAUGGAGCAAGCCCUCUCUUCGGUGAAUGAGAUCAAUAACACGGUCCGUGGCAUGGCUCUCUGGGGAAAGCAAGUGUGUGCAAUCGCAAAGGUUCGCUUGUUAAAGUUAAAGCAUGAAAGAAGAGCCCUUUUAACACUGCUGUUGAUUUUGGGGGUUGGAUUCUCCCCCACCCUUUUGGAGUACGUCAUCACCAAAGUAUACUACAACAGUUACACCUGGGAGCUUUCUCCGCACACCUACUUCCUGGCUCCCAGACAACAACCACAUGAACCCCUCACUCGUUUAUUGAUCAUCAAUAAAACAGGGGCAAGCAUUGAUGACUUUAUGCAGUCCGUGGAGCGCCAGAACCUGGCUUUGGAGGUGGAUGGAUCUGGAACUAGAGAAGGCACAGAUGACCCGUCUUACAAUGGAGCCAUCACAGUGUCUGGUAAUAAAGUGAAGUACAACUUUUCAUUAGCAUGUAAUGCCAAGAGGUUGAAUUGCUUCCCAGUCCUAAUGGAUAUUGUUAGCAAUGCGCUACUUGGAAUGUUCCAGCCAUCAGCACAUAUCCAGACUGACAGAAGCACAUUUUUUGUGGAGGAGCGGGAUAAUCCCUUUGCAUUAAUAAGCCAUAGCAUGUUCUGGCUGAUUUUGGCAGCCAGUUGUUCUCCUUAUAUUGCCAUGAGCAGCGUCGAUGAUUAUAAGAACAAAGCCCGGGCACAGCUGCGGAUAUCGGGACUCUUCCCUUCUGCCUACUGGUUUGGGCAGGCCGCAGUGGACUUUCCAUUGUACUGCGUGGUGUUCCUUUUCAUGUAUUUGAUGGACUACAUGCUAAGCUCCCAAGAGUCUGUCUUUAAGACUAUCCACCGGAUAGUGCAAAUGCCGUGUGCGAUUAGUUAUGCCGCCUCGCUGAUCUUUCUGACGUACGUCAUUUCAUUCAUGUCUCGAAAUGGGAGGAAAAACAGUGGGAUUUGGUCUUUUUGCUUCCACAUUAUCAUUAUGUUCUCUGUGAUGAUCUUCAUGCUGGGAAACGAUGGGAAGACAGCACUGCUGUGCAUCACCUUUUUGGUUCCACCUGCCACAUUGAUCGGCUGCCUGUUCUUAUCUGUUCACCUUUUUGCAUCUGCUCUGUUUAAUGAAGAAUCAAAUGGCAUAGAAGAAUUCCUGUUAUUUUUAAUACCUUUCCUUCAUUUUAUCAUCUUCCUUUUUAUUCUGCGAUGUCUGGAAUGGAAGUUUGGAAAGAAAACAAUGAGAAAGGAUCCUGUCUUUAGAAUUUCUCCAAGAAGCAAUGAUGUGUGUCAAAAUCCAGAAGUCCCAGAAGGGGAGGAUGAAGAUGUUCAGUUGGAAAGAGCGAGAACAGCAAAUGCCUUAAAUUCCACGAAUUUUGAUGAGAAGCCUGCCAUCAUUGCCAGCUGCCUACGCAAGGAGUAUGCAGGGGAGAGGGAGCGCUGCUUUUCCAAGAAGAAGAAGAAAAUAGCCACCAGAAAUGUCUCUUUCUGUGUUAGAAAAGGUGAGGUUUUAGGAUUAUUAGGACACAAUGGAGCUGGAAAAAGUACAACCAUUAAGAUUAUCACAGGAAACACACAGCCCACUGCAGGACAGGUGCUGCUACAAGGGGGCAGUGGUGGAGACGCCACUGGGUUCCUGGGCUACUGUCCUCAGGAGAACGCGCUGUGGCCCAACAUGACGAUGAGGGAGCACCUGGAGGUGUACGCUGCAGUGAAGGGGCUGAAGAAAGACGACGCCAAGGUCGCCAUCACCCGGUUAGUGGAUGCGUUCAAGCUGCAGGACCAGCUGAAGGUGCCUGCAAAGGCCUUAUCCGAGGGGAUCAAGAGGAAGCUGUGCUUCGUGCUGAGCGUGCUGGGGGGGCCGGCGGUGGUGCUGCUGGACGAGCCGUCCACGGGGAUGGACCCCGAAGGGCAGCAGCAGAUGUGGCAGGCGAUCCGGGCCACCAUCCACAACACGGAGCGGGGUGCCCUCCUGACCACCCACUACAUGGCCGAGGCGGAGGCUGUCUGUGACCGUGUGGCCAUUAUGGUGUCGGGGAGGCUCAGGUGGGUGCUGGACUGCCCCCAGGGAUCAGUAGACUCUUAUUUACACAGAUGGGGACCCGAGAGGUGCUGCAGUCAGCUCACACCUGCCAUGGACUCGCUCAGCCUCCUUCUCCUCUGCAGGUAUUCCUCCCUGCUGGUCUAUAAGCUGCCGGUGGAUGACAUUCGACCUUUAUCCCAGGCUUUCUUCAAAUUGGAGACAGUUAAGCAGAACUUCGACCUGGAGGAGUACAGCCUGUCUCAGUCCACCCUGGAACAGGUUUUCCUGGAACUCUCCAAGGAGCAGGAGUUGCAUGAUUUUGAUGAAGAAAUUGAUCCUUCCUUGAAGUGGAAGCUCCUUUCCAAUGAUGAGCCUUAAAGCCCCCAAAUUCUCAUGGGCGCUGUCCAAGCCCAUGGCUGCUUUUUUAAGACAUAUAUUUUUAUAUCAUGACUCGCCUGUUUUUAGACACUACAUUUUAAACACUGAGAUGGCUCUUCAUGAGUCAUAAGUAUUAUAUCCUUAUUUUACUCAGAAAUACUGUUAAGGUGCUGGG